AGGAGAUCUGUUUUUCUUGCCCAAAUACUUUUUCCCCCUCGCCUUCGCUUCCUCCCUUGUCCCUCCUUCCACCUCGCCAGGUCCCAGUCCCUUCCUCCGUUCUCGUCUCCCUUUCCUCGAUCACCCUCCCCUUUUGCUCUCCCCCAUCUGAUUAGGCGCGGACGGGGAAGGGUGGGAGUGGUGGGGGAAGCUCUCCCUUUAAGAGGCAGCGUGCAGUGACGAAUUGUUGAAAUUGCCAUUGCAGGAUGGCAUGCCGCUAUAAAUUCAUUGUUCCACCUCCUCGCAUCUUCACAGCGCUCGCGCUGCUCUCGGCGCUCGCAGCGGCCGACUGGGGAUGACGGCGGGCAGGAAGACGCCGCAGCCAAGGGGAACACGGACGCGCCGCUUUACCAGCUCGCCGCAGGCCGCCCCCUGCGUUUUUGCUUUAAUUUUUAUGGCUUUUUUCCCUCUCUUUCUUCCCUUGCUCCUGGUUCCAGCAGAGCCAAGGAAACCCACAAAAUAAGAAAGGAAGUGGGACCGGGAGCUUGGAACCUCCGCAGCCAGCGAGUCCCCAGCAGCAGGGGGCCUGGCGGCUGCGCGCACCAGUUGCCGGCCGAGUGCGCGGUACCUUUCUUACUUUUCUUGGAGCAGCGAUCGUGGCUGCCUUUGGAUUUUUCUCCUUUUUCCGUAUUUGCUGAAUCUCCACUACCCGGCUUUUUUUCUUUUCUUUCUUUUUUCCCUCCUCCUCUCUCUGGAGCACGAAUCCAAACAUUUUCCAAAGCAACAAAGAAAAGUUCGCACGCUGGCACCGCGGCCCGGACAGGCUGGCGCUGCUGCCGGGUCUCCCUCCCUCCGUCCGACACUUGACUCAACCUUGCAAGCAAGACAGUGCGUGUGUGUGUGUGUGUGUGUGCGUGUGUGUGCGCGCGCGUGUGCCCCCCAUCCCCCGCCCCGGUAACUUCCCUAGCGAAUAACAAAUACCCAUAAAGUCCCCGUCGCGCAGCCCCUCCCCGCGGGCAGCGCACUAUGCUGCUCGGGUGGGCGUCCCUGCUGUUGUGCGCAUUCCGCCUGCCCCUGGCCGCAGCCGGCCCCGCCGCCGCACCUGCCCAGGAUAAAGCCGGGCAGCCUCGGGCUGCUGCAGCGGCCGCCCAGCCCCGCUGGCGGCAGGGGGAGGAGGCGCACGAGCUGGCCGAGCCUCCGGGUCAUCCGCACCCCCUGGCGCAGCGGCGCAGGAGCAGCGGGCUCGUGCAGAACAUCGACCAACUCUACUCAGGCGGCGGCAAGGUGGGCUACCUCGUCUACGCGGGCGGCCGGAGGUUCCUCCUGGACCUGGAGCGGGAUGGCUCGGUGGGCGCCCCUGGCUUCGUGCCCGCAGGAGGCGGGCCGAGCGUGUCCCGGCGCCACCGGAGCCACUGCUUCUACAGGGGCACAGUGGACAGUAGCCCCCGCUCCCUGGCUGUCUUUGACCUCUGUGGGGGUCUCGACGGCUUCUUCGCGAUCAAGCACGCGCGCUACACCCUGAAGCCGCUGCUGCGCGGGCCCGGGGCCGAGGCGGAAAGCGGGCGCGUGUACGGGGAUGGGUCUGCGCGGAUCCUUCACGUCUACACCCGCGAGGGCUUCAGCUUCGAGGCCCUGCCGCCGCGCACCAGUUGCGAGACCCCUGCGUCCCCUCCAGGGCCCCGAGAGCGCCCCCCGGCGCACGUUAGCCUGGGCGGACGCACAGCGCUGGCCCCGCAGCUCCUGGACCAGUCCGCUCUCUCGCCCGCUGGGGACCCGGGACCGCAGACGUGGUGGCGGCGGCGGCGCCGCUCCAUCUCCCGGGCCCGCCAGGUGGAGCUGCUCCUGGUGGCUGACGCGUCCAUGGCACGGAUGUACGGCCGGGGCCUGCAGCAUUACCUGAUGACGCUGGCUUCCAUCGCCAACCGGCUGUACAGCCACGCCAGUAUCGAGAACCACAUCCGCCUGGCCGUGGUGAAGGUGGUGGUGCUAGGCGACAAGGACAAGAGCCUGGAAGUGAGCAAGAACGCAGCCACUACACUCAAGAACUUUUGCAAGUGGCAGCACCAACACAACCAGCUGGGAGAUGACCACGAGGAACAUUACGAUGCAGCCAUCCUGUUUACUCGGGAGGAUUUAUGUGGGCAUCAUUCAUGUGACACCCUGGGAAUGGCAGACGUUGGGACCAUAUGUUCUCCAGAGCGCAGCUGUGCUGUGAUUGAAGACGAUGGCCUCCAUGCAGCUUUCACCGUGGCUCACGAAAUUGGACACCUACUUGGCCUCUCCCAUGACGAUUCCAAAUUCUGUGAAGAAAACUUUGGUUCCACGGAAGAUAAGCGCUUAAUGUCUUCCAUCCUAACCAGCAUUGAUGCAUCCAAGCCCUGGUCCAAAUGCACUUCAGCCACUAUCACAGAAUUCCUGGAUGAUGGCCACGGCAACUGUUUGCUAGACCUACCAAGAAAGCAGAUCCAGAGCCCCGAAGAACUCCCGGGACAGACCUAUGAUGCCACCCAGCAGUGCAACCUGACAUUUGGGCCUGAGUACUCGGUGUGUCCGGGCAUGGACGUCUGCGCUCGCCUGUGGUGCGCCGUGGUGCGCCAGGGCCAGAUGGUCUGUCUGACCAAGAAGCUGCCCGCUGUGGAGGGAACACCUUGUGGAAAGGGGAGGAUCUGCCUGCAGGGCAAGUGUGUGGACAAAACCAAGAAAAAAUAUUAUUCAACAUCGAGCCAUGGCAACUGGGGGUCUUGGGGGUCCUGGGGCCAGUGUUCUCGCUCAUGUGGGGGAGGAGUCCAAUUUGCCUAUCGCCACUGCAAUAACCCUGCACCCAGAAACAAUGGCCGCUACUGCACAGGGAAGAGGGCCAUCUACCGCUCCUGUAGUGUCACGCCCUGCCCACCCAAUGGUAAAUCAUUUCGUCAUGAGCAGUGUGAGGCCAAAAAUGGCUAUCAGUCUGAUGCAAAAGGAGUCAAAACCUUUGUGGAAUGGGUUCCCAAAUACGCAGGCGUCCUGCCAGGGGAUGUGUGCAAACUGACCUGCAGAGCCAAGGGCACUGGCUACUACGUGGUAUUUUCUCCAAAGGUGACGGAUGGGACUGAAUGCAGGCCGUACAGUAACUCUGUCUGCGUCCGGGGGAAGUGCGUGAGAACCGGCUGCGACGGCAUCAUCGGUUCAAAGCUGCAGUACGACAAGUGUGGAGUCUGUGGAGGAGACAACUCCAGCUGCACAAAGAUUGUUGGAACCUUCAAUAAAAAAAGUAAGGGCUACACUGACGUUGUGAGGAUCCCUGAAGGGGCAACCCACAUAAAAGUGCGACAGUUCAAAGCCAAAGACCAGACCAGAUUCACUGCCUACUUAGCCCUGAAAAAGAAAAACGGUGAGUACCUCAUCAAUGGGAAGUAUAUGAUCUCCACUUCAGAGACGAUCAUUGACAUCAAUGGAACAGUCAUGAACUACAGCGGCUGGAGCCACAGGGAUGACUUCCUGCAUGGUAUGGGCUACUCUGCCACGAAGGAAAUUCUAAUAGUGCAGAUUCUUGCAACAGACCCCACGAAAGCAUUAGAUGUUCGUUACAGUUUUUUUGUUCCCAAGAAGUCCACUCCGAAAGGAAACUCUGUCACUAGCCAUGGCAGCAAUAAAGUAGCACCCCAUACUUCACAGCCACAGUGGGUGACGGGCCCGUGGCUGGCUUGCUCUAGGACCUGUGACACAGGCUGGCACACCAGGACGGUGCAGUGCCAGGAUGGAAACCGGAAGUUAGCAAAGGGAUGUCCUCUCUCCCAAAGGCCUUCUGCAUUUAAACAGUGUUUGCUAAAGAAAUGUUAGCCUGUGGUUAUGAUCUUAUGCACAAAGAUAACUCGAGGAUUCAGCACUGAUACUGCCGUGGUGAACGAGAGGUCUACCUAAUGCACAGAAUGUCAUGCUUCAGUGUCAUUGUCUACAGGAGUCGAAUUAUGGGCAGAAUCUGCUCUUUGUGACCAAAAGAAGAUGUGCACUGCUUCAUAUGACAAUGGUGACCUUGGAAUAUAGAAUAACUUGGGAGUGAUUCAGCAUCCCCUGGGCCUACAAAAAUGAAAAAAAUCACUGAUGAAUGUAGAAUCAGGGGACAUUUGAAGAUGGCAGAAGAGUCUCCCCUUUGUCACCUACCUCUUACAGAAUGUCUUUAAAGACAUUGUAAUCAUUUUCACCCAUGAUACACAGUAGCUUAUUUUUACUGUUUGUAAAUAUGUUCUUCCUUGGUAUGUCACUUUAUAUCCCUUGGUUCUAUUAAAAUAUACAUAUAUAUA